UGUUCAGAAAAGAAGUGGGCAGAACAGAACUUGAAGAAUGCAGCCUCAGGGACGUUUGUGAACGGCGCAUUGACGAGAGAGCUUCCAAUCGCAGCUAGUAGCUGCGCGAGUGUCUUCUCAAUCCUGUGGUUUUCACCAAGCAGGCUAGGAUGGAAGGACUGGAAAUCUCUGGCGAUCGUCAAUCCGGGCAAGAUGUCAGAACACAGAACGCCACUGCCGUCCAAGCGAUCUCCAACGUAGUGAAGAGCUCCUUGGGUCCUGUGGGCCUGGACAAGAUGCUGGUGGAUGACAUCGGUGAUGUCACUAUCACAAACGACGGUGCCACAAUUCUGAAGAUGCUCGAAGUGGAACAUCCAGCCGCCAAGGUUCUUGUUGAGCUGGCGGAGCUCCAAGACAGGGAAGUGGGCGAUGGCACCACCUCCGUGGUCAUUGUGGCAGCGGAGCUGUUGAAGAGGGCCAACGACCUGGUUCGCAACAAGAUACAUCCAACAUCCAUCAUCAGUGGCUACAGGCUUGCUAUGCGGGAAGCCGUGAAGUAUGUAGAUGAGAAGCUGGCCAUAAAGGUUGACAAACUGCCCAAGGAGACGCUCCUUAAUGCCGCAAAGACCAGCAUGUCCUCUAAGAUCAUUGGAACUGAGAGCGACUACUUUGCCAAGAUAGCGGUGGAUGCCGUGCAAUCCAUCAAGUCAACAAACGAUAGAGGAGAUGUGCGCUACCCAAUCAAGUCCAUCAAUAUUCUGAAGGCACACGGGAAGAGCGCCAAGGAGAGCCAGCUGCUGAAGGGUUACGCAAUCAACACGACACGUGCAGCCCAGGGGAUGGUCAAGAGCGUGUCACCGGCCAAGAUUGCAUGCCUAGACUUCAACCUCCAGAAGACCAAGAUGCAGAUGGGAAUACAGGUGCUGGUCAAUGAUCCAAGGGAACUGGAGAAGAUUAGGGACAGAGAGUCUGACGUAACGAAGGAGAGGAUACAGAAGCUGCUCAAGGCGGGGGCGAACGUCAUUCUGACGACCAAGGGGAUAGACGAUAUGGCACUCAAGUACUUCGUCGAAGCCGGAGCGAUUGCAGCACGCCGAGUGAGCAAGGAGGACCUUCGGCACAUAGCAAAGGCGACUGGGGCCACGCCGAUGCUGACCUUCGCCGACAUGGAGGGCGGGGAGACGUUCGACGCCUCGUUCCUGGGGACAGCGGAGGAGGUUGCAGAGGAACGGGUGGCAGACGAUGAAUUGCUAGUCAUCAAGGGACCCAAGAACUCGCGGGCGGUGUCCAUCCUUCUCAGAGGCGCCAACGAUUACAUGCUGGACGAAAUGGAGCGGUCGCUGCACGACUCGCUAUGCAUAGUCAAGCGGACUCUCGAGUCGAACACGGUGGUCGCGGGGGGGGGCGCCGUGGAGGCUGCGCUGUCGGUGCACCUGGAGAACCUGGCGACCACGCUCGGGUCGCGGGAGCAGCUGGCCAUCGCCGAGUUCGCGGAGGCGCUGCUGGUCAUCCCCAAGACGCUGGCCGUGAACGCGGCCAAGGACGCCACCGAGCUGGUGGCCAAGCUGCGCGCGUACCACCACAAAGCGCAGACAUCCCCGGACAAAGCCCACCUCUCGGGGACGGGUCUGGACCUCGUGAACGGCGUGGUUAGAAACAACAUCGAGGCAGGGGUGAUCGAGCCGGCUCUUAGCAAAACCAAGGUCCUGCAGUUUGCAACCGAAGCAGCGAUCACGAUCUUGCGAAUCGAUGAUAUGAUCAAGCUCCACAAAGAGGAGGAGGAAGCUGAUGGGCAUUAGGAGGAAAAAGCAGCAAUGGUGAUCGCUGGACGUCUUUAAUAUGGUUCUUCGGAAUUUCGUGGCACACGGAUGGCCAGAAGUGGUGGAGCUUGAUUAUGAGUCUUCUAAUGCUCUGCGACCUGAUUUAUCAUCAGGAGUGUCCAAGUACUGGGAUUUUGGCAUGCGUGGAUCACAGACCGUCUCUAGGGCAUUGAUGACGUCAUGGGUAAUAAACUAUCAAUAUCGAAGCAGAUUGCGAUGCAAAGGCUCAUGUAUUGCCAAACAUCUUACCCAAACAGGGGCUAGUCAACCAGCUUCAACAACCCUUUGAUCUUCAUUGGCGGCCGGUUACGGGUAUCGAUCAAGUUGAACAACGGUGUUCGUACGUCGGUUCAGUACG